AUGCUCUUCAGCACCGAGGGCGUCCUCCUCACACAUACCGGUGUCAUCGAUGACAAUGAGAAAACGAAGGCAGCAAUUGUUGCGAACAUUUGGAAUAUUUACCAGAAACAACUAGAACUGAGUGAAUGCGUAAGUUAAGUCCUGAAGUGAAGGACGCUGCUAACUUUUGUACUCUGAACGUAGCCCCCGUAUCCAGCAAGGACUGAUGCGAAGGGUUCACAGUAUGCCCUUUUUGUAAGACAGCCCUAUCCUUACAAUUGUUAUAAAUAGUAGUAAAAAUGCGUUUCCCAGGUAACAUCGGAACAAAAGAGGGGUGCAUUUGUACUCUAAAGUUUCAAGUAGCGAAUUCAUCUACCCAUUUCCGGAAACUGGAGAAUUCGACCUACUCACUUUGUAUGACUGCGGCUCGCGCCGGUAUUGCGCUUUAUGCUUAAAUCACCGAAGUGAGCUUGGCUAUUGCCAUCGUUAAUCUGCAAUUGAUGACAUAGGAUAAUAUAAAGGAUGGACUCUCAUUCCACGUCGUCUUCCAUUAGCACGACGACUGACUGGCAACAAAAGUAUACAUGGGAUCGACCAACACGCUGGAAAUACUGUGUUACAACAGCAACUGGAUUUUGGUCACAUUAACGAGAAAGAUCAUUCCGAGUGCGCAUUGACUACUUUCGAGUCAAUGGAGCUUAUAACAAGGAAGUGCGCAUUGUCUACCUCUCUUUCUCGCUAAAACUUACCUUGACCGAGUGUGACAAGAAGCAAGCAGGUGGACAGAGUUUCCAUUGCCAGUACUGGUGAACCAGAUUUCCGAAUUAUCAAAAACCGACAUCGAUGGCAAGCUCACGACAAUCAUCUCAGACGCGGACGACCAAAUAAUUAUCGCACCAAAUACGAGCAUCUGCAGUGAAUGCGAGAGCUGUUGAUUUCACUAGGUGUGAGGCCACGUAGCACUUGACCUCUGAAUUCUGUACCUCCUGUGCGUUCUUCACCUUUAUUGCUGUCUCUAGUUAUGGGUCCGAGCGUGAAUCCAAAACGUCUGACAAGCAAAGUUCCUAUUUAUUUUUUCCUUCUGCUUCCUGCAACUUACCCCCCUCCUUUGUACGGCACCGAUUGUUGCAUCGUUCAUAUUUGUCAUCCACGUCCCUGGACUUCACGCGUUGGUAAUUGCUCAGUUUAUGACCGCUGUAUUACUCUCGUCACCUCUGUUCUUAUCUGACCGGUGGUCCAGGUGUUCACAUCCAUCCGUGUUCAAGCCCCAUAUAUGUGGGUUACCUCUUUAAAACACGCUUUAAUAAGGCAGUUUGCUGACGGGUGUCUGUGUGGUUUACUUUUUUCCAAGGUAAAGUAAAACCGGAACGUUUGGCCGGCUUUUUUGCUUCCCAGGAAAAUGAUGCCAAUUUUACUGCUUCAAGCGAAAUAAUCCACUUUCAUCUUUACACUGGAGUCGUUUUCAUUAUAUUCGCAUAUUUUAGGGUUUCGUUCUAUGAUUAUACAGACACAGCACUGUGGCCAUAAAAAAAACUAAGAGAUUGCUAAAACCUGCCCAUCUGCCCGUUCCGUUUCUAAAUUACGUGUUAGUGAAAAGUAGACCAUACAAAAGACAUCUUGCCAUAUGCUUAAAAGUUAACCUAGCCACCUGGCGGAGGACCUUUUCGUGGUAAGUUAUUAAGUAUUCGUAAAGGACGGAAAAUGUCAAUACGUUUGGAUGGAUUGACUGUAAACGUUAUUACUGCGUUUUAGGGCGAGAACUUAUGCAGAUUUGUAAACUGGAUGUUUAACAAUCGAUAAAAUGUCUGGUCUUCUAAAAAUAACUUUCUUGUGUUCAUCCUGCUCCAUCCAAUUUACGUAGAGAUAAAAGUCAGUUUCAAAAUGCCGCGAAUUCUGCUUGGUAUUGUUCGUGUUUAGAUUACUCUCCCCAAAUAAAGAAACACAUGUUAGUUGAGGAAAAGUACUGGUUUUGGAAACUGCCCGAAUAUAAGCUAACGUAAAUUUGACUGACAAAAUUAUUUAUAUACGUUUCCUGCAUAUAAAAAGGGCCAUUGUCGAGGACGGAGUAGACGAAUAAAUAAAACGUUCAGCCGAAAGCCGAUUGUCUCAAUUUUCGUCAUGGUUCAUGAGUUAGGUCGCAUACUGUUGUUAGACGUCGCACUGCUGCCUCGGGUCUGUUAGCGACGAACGGCUGCUCCGUUUGCGGUCUUAACGGAGGCGAGUGUUCUAAACUGUUCUGAUUGUUGUGCUGUUUGCCUUUAAAUUUCCCCGAGUCCAAUGCUGCAUUCUACAAAGCCAUGGCAUAUCCAAUAAAAAGAGUUCGUUUGCAUUAUCGUCCGCUUUGCGGCAAUGCAUUUUGGUGACCUUCCUUUAGACCAUCGUUUUAGAGGCCCCAUUGAAACAUCGAUGAAUCAGAAGGACCAGGAAGGGCAGUUGACUGGUUUCCCUACCUCAGGAAAUGCAAAAUUCAAGAAACCCGCCCGAGGUCGACGAAGGUCGACAGUUUGUCUGCAUGCAUAAUAACGUUGGCGAGGUAAUUACUCACAGACGCAUAAACACUGCACCACGAGGACAGUAGAGCAGGGAAAAUCGACUAAGUAGUUAUCAGGCCCAUUGCCAAUGCUUAUGUUGGGGACGCAACUAUUGCCAAGUCGAACGCGAACUACCAAGAAAAUGUCAUGCUGAUUCCAAGCACCCGCGACGAAUACUCAGCAUUCAAAGACUCCAGCCUGGUUACCGAUGCGGCCGCAUAUCAAGCGUUCCGUAAAAACUGCAAGUCUUUGUCUCGUUAGUUUUUGCCGAUGUAUGAAUCCAAAAUUUCGGACUGAUAAAGAUUUUGUUUCAAAUACACUUCUCACAAUGGACUGGGCCAGAAGGACUUUGUAGCCAUCCCUCAAGUUAUUUGCUCUGUCAGAGAUACACGCACAAACACACGACAUUUUCUGCCACCCUCCUUCCCCAUUGAAGGGGAGGAUGCAUCGAUCAAGCAUUUGCCCCUUGACAGAUCACACAACCACGCUCUCUUUUGUGGCUUAAGGCGAUUGAAAACAUUCGUUGAACAAAUACCUCAGAGCGCUCUGUAAGCUGCUUGCCUUCCCCUCAAAUUGUCGGAGCUAACAAAGUAAGGCGUGACAUGUGCUUUGAAUUUUCGGCGAUCCCAUCUACCUCGGCUCCGUCAUUCUGGUAACGAGGGCCAUCAGGAAGAUAUGAAAUGUCGCGCACCUUUUACGUUGUAUGCUGUUUUCAGAAGUGCACGUGUUCCCGUUCCGAACCUGGUCGGACACGGUAAUACGGUUCCCUCAAUACUACAAGUGGCCUCGCACUAAAUUCAGGGGCUUCCUACCCCGACUUCAUAACUUCAACUCCAACACUACUCUAAGCCAAACUCUCCUUGCCGCAACCCCAACACUAACCUUCAUAAACCUGGCCCUAACGGCAACCCUAAUUCUAACCCUGCCAACCCUAACACCUAACAAUAACCCCUCCACCCCUAAAAUUUAGGGGCAGGACCACCUGCAAUACGGAGGGAGAGGAGGGGGAGGGAGUGCAUAUUUCCGUGCCCAGCCUCGCACCUCGGUUACCGUACUUGUGAUGCUGCUCAACUGUUACAAAACGUGACCUCUCUUUGCUGACUCACACUAACUGGCCAAGACUCUGUAACACUUGGUACAGUCGGAGUGGUUCACGGUACUGUUAUCGGCUGCUCCUCGCAGAGUGGUGCCCUCUUCCCAUAAUGACAGUGGUCUAGUUAACGCAAGAAAGGGGAGCUGCUUGACGAGUUUUUUGAGCGUGGUUUUCACGCGAUUUAGUGUCUAUCACACGUCUUCCGGGCCCAUUUUUGCCAAUAUGUUGCUGCAUUUACGCUCGCCUGCGCUGGCAUUUACGCGUAAGUUCUGCGACUUCACGCUCACACUCUAUGUUUCAUAAGUCUUUGCCCCAGACUUGUUGUUAAUUUCUCAGAAAACUUCAUUAGAUGCAUUUUGCUUGUUGUAAGAAAGUUGCAACAUCUUUUCCUACCAAAGGGACGUCAGCCCAUGACUGUUACUAAUAAACGUGCUUCUUGAUUUGAGACCCUAUCUCAUCGUCACCACCUUCCAACCAGCGCUUGGAUGACCCACUUAUAAUAUUGCAACCCUACCUACAUUAUGAUCCGUUUUUGGCUUUACAAGGAACACUUUAUGAAUUACAGGAAACGGUCCAAGAAAUAAUAAUCGAGCUGACUCACGGAAGACUGGUCUUCACCAAGGUCGCCUCCAUUUUGAUUUGCAUUCACGGUUCCAAGGACACUGGCCUGGGCCUACUGAGGACGAAGAUAAACUCCCUGGUCGAGAACCUUCAGGGUCCACUCUCAUUUCUCACCUCCUAG